AUGGUCAAAUACGUCAAGUUGAUGAAAGAUGUUCUCUCAAAGAAAAGAGGAAUAGAAGAAUAUGAAACUGUGACAAUGGCGCAGGAAAGUUGCAAAUAUUUGGGUAAACUUCCACCAAAAUUACAGGAUCCUGGGAGCUUUACCAUUCACUGUGUAAUAGGAAAUACUUACCAAGGCAAAGCCUUAUGUGAUUUGGGGGCAAGCAUCAAUUUAAUGCCUUCCUCAGUCUUCAAACAAUUAGCUACCGGACCAGCAAAACCCAACUCUGUAACACUGCUGAUGGCAGAUAGAUCCAUUGUCAAGCCUGAGGGGAAAGUGGAGAAUUUGUUGGUCAUGGGAGCUGAGCAGGUAGGGGUGAGAGCAUCUGUUCGAUCCUCCCCAGUACCACCUUUGGGAGGGGUUUAA